AUGACCCACGUUCUGUCGUCUGAAGGCAUGGGGGUAACACUAGAGCAUGAGAACUUUCCCCACCUCACGCGUAUCGAGCGGGAAGCCCUCCAUCGACUCGCCGUAACCUCCGUUGAGUCCGUCGUCAUGUUCGCUGCUGAUUUCAGCGACUCCGGAGCGGCACAAGAAUUCAUGGAACGCGAGCUCGGCAGCGCACAGCGGCGAGUGUCAACUCCCUCGCGCUUCAUGAAGAAUGAUGUGAUCAAUAUUGAAACCUCCACGUACUCAGGCGUUGGGAACGAUCGUCUUCCGCUAAACCGCUGGUUUCGCGAGAUCGACAUCACGAUCAAAUCGAGAUUACUCGAGUCGGAGUCCGCAAAAGGGAACUUCCUACUCUCCCGGUUGAGUGGGAAGGCGAAGGAGCUCUUCAAGAAGCUGGCGUUCGAGCUGCCCCAGGACGAGUCGAGAACGCGCACGGCGUUCUUUCCCCUGAAACAAGGGGAAAUGCCGGUGCGCGACGAUUUACAGAAAUGUCGUCACCUAGUGUCGUGCAUCAUCACCAAUCCGAUCGAUGAUGCAUCACAGGUUCACGUGUUCGUCUUCGGCAUGCGCGAGGGCAUGACGAGAUACUGCCUAACGCGAGCAGAGCCGAAGACCCUCGAGGAAGCCUUCGCCAUCGCACUGCGUGAGGAUUAUACGGUGUCGUCAUCGUACGGCAAGGCGCUGUCGGAGGAGGCUCGGGUGUCGGUGCCCGAGCUUAUGAAGAUUGAUGUAAUCGAGGCAUCAUCACGCGGUGGUGGCCCACCGUAUCGGAACAACCGCGGUGGUCGAGGGCAAAGCCCACUGAUAUGCUUUCGAUGUCGAAAGUAG